UAUGCCGAGUGAUGAAGAACUUGUGAGGGAUUAUUUGAGGAACAAAAUAUUGAAGAAUCCAAUUCCAGCAGAUCCAAUAAAAGAUAUUCAAAUUUCUGAGUUAUUUCAAAACCCUCCAAAUUGCCUCGUGCCACGUAACUCUUCCGAUAGAGAAUGGUAUUUUUUCAUUCCUUUAGGAGAAGGCUUCGAUCAAAAGACAAACGAAAUACAAUGUGUAGGCAAUGGCGAAGGGUUUUGGAAGUUCGUAGGCGAUUCAUAUCCAAUCCGAUCUACUCGAGGAGAAGUCAUAGCUUUAAAGAAGGAAUCUGUGUAUUUUAGAGGACGUAUUACAAAACCAAAGAAAACUCAUUGGGCAAUGGAACUUUACCAAUUACCCCUGGAGUGUUGGAACAAUUUUAAACUGAAUCAGCAAUCGGUAGAAAGGUGGUCGGUGAUUAAAAUUAGAAGAGGAAAGAGUUACGAUCCAGAUUAAAUGAAAUAAUUUUUCAUCAUCAACAUUCCA